AAGUGCGUAUUGUGUCGGGAUAUAAAUAAUAUCAUGCUUCCUCGUUUGCUUCCGUUGAGCCUACUUCUAAUUGGCCUAGUUGCUGUUGUGCAAAGCCAGUCAAGAAUCCCGCCUCGUUUUGGCUCAGAAGAGAUCAAACCUGCUCUGGUGUUUUCUGACCCUGUCGACGUUCAUCCUGCCUCAUUAUUACCUGCUUCCGGAAAAUCAGAAUCAGACACAAAACCACAUCGAUAUCUGGAGCCUGACAUCAAUGCUGGCACUCCUUCACCUCUCAAGGACCCAUUGCCCUUAGAAGACACGAGAAACACUCCAUCGAAAGAAACGCCGAGCCCGUUGACCGGAACCCACGAUUACGUCGAAGGGUUGACCCAAUCCGCAACCAACAACCGGGAAGUCGGCAGUUUUCGAAGUGCAACCUCAUUCAGUACUUCCGAAAAAGUACGAGACAGUGACAGGUACGGUGUGACGACGAGCAGCAAGUCUGACGACAGCAGCAGGGAUUCAGCUGGUCGUUGGAGCUCGUUUAGACACCCUACUCAGAGCAGCAGUAAUUCCUACAAUGAUCCAUUGCUGAGCAGCAGCAACAGCCGGCCGAGCGAGGACAAGGACGUGGAGCUGAUCGAGAACAUAGCGGAAGAGCUGCGAUACUUGAAUUCGAAAUUGGUCGCGUUGAAGGAGCGCAGGGAACGCAACUUGCGGAACCAAUUGAAUUCGCAGGACGAAGGUUACAGGGGGGGACUUUCCGCCGAAAGAGAUCUUUACCGGGGUCCGUCCAGCUUGGAUCGCGACCCUUACAGGUAA